UGCUCCUCAGCGACCAUAGUAGACUUGCUUUGCUUCUUGCCAUCUCUCUUUCCGAACCAUUUUCAAAUCUGAAGCUCCCGCACUUUCUCAUCGCAUCAUUCUUGCUCUCGAAAAUGAGCAGCUCAUUUGGGCUUCGAGCAAGAUCAAAACACAGACCACUUUAUACUAUUGAUGAGUCAGAUGAUGAUUCAGAUGUUUUGCCUAGAAAACGUAAGAAGCCUCAAGAAAAAAUUGAGAAAAUUGUUAGAAGUGAAACAAAAGACAAUUCAUGUCAAGCUUGUGGAGAAAGUGGAAAUCUUCUGAGCUGUGAAACAUGCACCUAUUCUUUCCAUCCGAGCUGUAUACUCUCACCACUUAAGAGCCCCUUUCGAGACAAUUGGAGGUGCCCUGAGUGUGUUAGCCCACUGAAUGAUAUUGAUAAGAUAUUAGACUGUGAGAUGCGAUCCACCGUAGCUGGUGAAAGUGAUGCCACAAAAUUGGAUUCAAAGCAAAAUUUUGUCAAACAAUAUCUUGUUAAGUGGAAGGGACUAUCAUAUUUGCACUGCACAUGGGUGCCUGAGGAAGAGUUUCUGAAAGCUUUCAAGGAUCAUCCAGGUCUAAAGGCCAAAGUAAACAAUUUCCAUCGUAAUAUGACCUCAGCCGAUAUACCUAAUGAAGAUUUUGUAGCCAUUCGGCCUGAAUGGACUACGGUUGAUCGAAUACUUGCAUGCAGGGGUCACGAAGAUAAGAAGGAAUAUCUUGUGAAGUGGAAAGAGCUUCCAUACGAUGAAUGCUACUGGGAGCUUGAGACAGAUGUCUCUGCAUUUCAAACAGAAAUAGAAAGAUACAAUACAUUUCAGUCUAGAUCAAGGAAAAUUUUCUCUAGCAAGAAAAAAGGAAGUGUUAAGGAUGGUGCUAAAUUGAAUACGCAGAAGAAAGAAUUUCAACAGUAUGAACAUAGCCCUCAAUUUCUUACAGGGGGUACACUGCAUUCAUAUCAACUUGAAGGAUUGAACUUCUUAAGAUUCUCUUGGUCCAAACAAACUCAUGUUAUACUUGCUGAUGAAAUGGGACUUGGAAAAACCAUUCAGAGUAUUGCUUUCCUUGCAUCCCUUUUUGAAGAGAAUGUUUCUCCACAUCUGGUGGUUGCUCCACUUUCAACAUUGCGAAACUGGGAACGGGAAUUUGCAACUUGGGCACCUCAAAUGAAUGUUGUUAUGUAUUUUGGAUCUGCCAAAGGUCGUGCUUUUAUUAGAGAGCACGAGUUUUACUUUCCAAAGAAUCAAAAGAGGAUCAAGAACAAGAAAUCUAGACAGAUAGUUGACGAAAGCAAACAAGAAAGAAUAAAGUUUGAUGUACUUUUGACAUCAUAUGAGAUGAUAAAUUCUGAUACAUCAUCAUUGAAACCUAUAAAGUGGGAGUGCAUGAUAGUAGAUGAAGGUCAUCGUCUUAAAAACAAGGAUUCUAAAUUGUUUUCUUCAUUGCAGCAAUAUUCCAGCAAACAUCGUGUGCUUUUGACAGGAACUCCUCUUCAGAACAAAUUGGAUGAACUUUUUAUGCUGAUGCACUUCCUCGAUGCUGGAAAGUUUGGAAGUUUAGAGGAGUUCCAGAAAGAGUUUAAGGAUAUUAAUCGAGAAGAGCAAAUAUCAAGAUUGCAUACAAUGUUGGCUCCACAUCUCCUUAGAAGAAUGAAGAAAGAUGUCAUGACAGAACUACCUCCAAAAAAGGAACUUAUUUUACGUGUUGAAUUAUGCAGCAAACAAAAAGAAUACUACAAGGCAAUUUUAACCCGUAAUUAUCAGAUAUUAACUCGCCAAGGUGGUGCACAAAUUUCUCUUAUCAAUGUUGUUAUGGAACUGCGUAAGCUCUGUUGUCAUCCCUAUAUGUUACAGGGAGUUCAACCGGAUGUUAACGAUGCAAAAGAAUCAUACAAGCAAUUGCUUGAAUCAUCAGGGAAGCUACAGUUGUUGGACAAGAUGAUGGUGAAGCUUAAAGAGCAACGACAUAGAGUCCUCAUAUAUUCCCAAUUUCAGAGCAUGCUGGAUUUGCUUGAAGAUUACUGUUCUUACAAGCAUUGGCAGUAUGAAAGGAUAGAUGGGAAGGUUGGAGGAGCUGAAAGACAAAUACGGAUAGAUCGUUUUAAUGUUAAAAAUUCUUCAAGAUUUUGUUUUCUUCUUUCUACUAGAGCUGGGGGAUUGGGGAUAAACCUUACAACGGCUGACACAGUUAUUAUAUAUGACAGGUGA